AUGGCUUCCAAACAGGGACAACUUCAACAAUUAAAGAGGGCGCAUGGUUUGGCAAGAGCGCACGUAACCAAGAAAAUUAAUAGAAUUAGAGGAUUAAUGGACAAUCCAGAUAAUUUAUCAACCAUAAAAGAUCUUUUAAACAAGUUGUCUAAUGUUCUAUAUGAAUUCCAAAGGGCGCACAAUGCCUACCAUUCUCAAAUUUGUGACGAAAAUGAGCUGCAUGAUUCUGAACAAUAUGGUAAAGCUGUCGAGUUAUCAGUGAAAGAGCUCGAGUAAGAGCAGUGAAAGAGCUCGAAUCGACUCCUUAGUAAAACAAGUGCAACUCAGGUACGCAUCCAGGCUCGAGCAUGAAAUCAACUCCUUAGUAAAACAAGUUUCAGAACCUCAGAUACGCAUCCAACCAGAGGACUCCAUCAGUAACGUAAGUUCCUGUGUAUCGUCUCGUUCAAACUCAAUGUGUAGUUCAACAGGAAGCACUAGUAGUGCGCAGGUGGUGUGUGCUCCAGGACCCAGGUCCCAAGGGAAGAUGCGCAACUUUUCUCGCAUUUGAUAUUUGCUUGUUGAUGCUUGAACAUCUCCCUGUCUGAUCUCCUACAGCGAGUACAGUUUGACCAUAAGUUUGACCCAGAUAUUUAUAUUUAAAAUGGGAAUUUCUGGUUUACUACAAUUUCCACCAGUAAAGCAAGUGACAGUAGAAGAACUGCUAUCAAAUUUUUCGGGAAAAACAGCCGCCGUUGAUGUUAGUGGCUGGAUACACAAGGCAUUGUCAAUCACGGCUUUUGGUGACUAUGACAGGUAAAUAAUGUUUUGCAUCAUUCGUUGUUGCAUGCUGACUUGCUGAGGUACUUAAAUUUAUUUGCAUAUUUGCGUUGCUUCUUUGCAUAUAGUUACACAAAGCAUGUGUGGAGAUAUGUCCGUCUCCUUGAACGCAAUGGGGUCACUCCUAUUCAGGUGUUUGAUGGGCAAAACUUCGAAGCAAAGUUGGAAGAAACUGAUAAACGAGAGAGGUAAAAAUCUAUUUAAUACAGUAUUAUUGAUUUAAUAUUUUAAUUAUAAAGCACGAAUGAUCAGUGAAAGAGCUCGAGUAAGAGCAGUGAAAGAGCUCGAAUCGACUCCUUAGUAAAACAAGUGCAACUCAGGUACGCAUCCAGGCUCGAGCAUGAAAUCAACUCCUUAGUAAAACAAGUUUCAGAACCUCAGAUACGCAUCCAACCAGAGGACUCCAUCAGUAACGUAAGUUCCUGUGUAUCGUCUCGUUCAAACUCAAUGUGUAGUUCAACAGGAAGCACUAGUAGUGCGCAGGUGGUGUGUGCUCCAGGACCCAGGUCCCAAGGGAAGAUGCGCAACUUUUCUCGCAUUUGAUAUUUGCUUGUUGAUGCUUGAACAUCUCCCUGUCUGAUCUCCUACAGCGAGUACAGUUUGACCAUAAGUUUGACCCAGAUAUUUAUAUUUAAAAUGGGAAUUUCUGGUUUACUACAAUUUCCACCAGUAAAGCAAGUGACAGUAGAAGAACUGCUAUCAAAUGUUUCGGGAAAAACAGCCGCCGUUGAUGUUAGUGGCUGGAUACACAAGGCAUUGUCAAUCACGGCUUUUGGUGACUAUGACAGGUAAAUAAUGUUUUGCAUCAUUCGUUGUUGCAUGCUGACUUGCUGAGGUACUUAAAUUUAUUUGCAUAUUUGCGUUGCUUCUUUGCAUAUAGUUACACAAAGCAUGUGUGGAGAUAUGUCCGUCUCCUUGAACGCAAUGGGGUCACUCCUAUUCAGGUGUUUGAUGGGCAAAACUUCGAAGCAAAGUUGGAAGAAACUGAUAAACGAGAGAGGUAA